ACGUAAAUGAGACAAUCCGACACACUUAUCUUUAACGAGAAAACUCAUGAAAUAAAAGCGAUUUCAUAGCCUUAUCAACAAAUUUUAUGCCUCGAUCCGCUUCGCGGUUGAACGAAUAGCUUCAAACCAGUAUUUUCAUUCCAACAUGAGAAUAAAGUAACAAAAUGCUAACUUUAUUUCUUAUAAUCAUAUUGACCAACUUCAAAUUAAUAAGUGGCCUAGAAAUCAAUGACACCAAGUUUAUUAAUUCACUGCCAGAAAAACAGAAGAAAGAGUUUCUUCAAAAAGUAGAGAAAAGAAUACAAAAUGAAGUCCCAGAAGUCAAGUCUCCAGAACUGAAUGACACAAAUGUGGACCUUUACGAAAAACGUUUAGAAGACCAGGGAAAAUCUAUUCAAAACAUUCUGAGAUCUGAAAUAGAAAAUCUUAAAAAUCAUCAUCGGCGAAAUUUAAAUGAUACUGAAAGAAUUGAAGCAUCCCAUAUUGACUUGACCUUACGAUCUAACAACGAUAUAUCAGAGGCAACAAGAAGAAAAGGCGAAGGUAAUAAAAUAGUAGAAGAUAUUAAAAAUAUUCCCGUAAUAAUACAAUACGACAGUAAAGACGUCAACAAUCAUAAACAUAGCCUAAUUGACACGUCCAUUAAAAUACAAAAUACAGUGCCACAAGCUGACAAAAACGAAUCAAAGGUAGCUGAAAUUACGUGGGAAAAUAUAAAUUUAACUACGAAAUCUGUAAAUGUUAAUGACUCCUCUACUGAACACAAAAGAACCGGGAGACGUUCAAAUGAUUUUGACAGUACGUUUGAAAAUGUUGAUAACACUACCUUAGAAAUAGGAGAUAAUAGUGCUAAUUCUAGUUUGGAUUUCAUAAAUGAUACCACUACAGUCAAUACGGAAUCAUAUCACGUAGACAGCACCAAAACUACAAAUUAUGCCUUAGGCGUAAGUUUAAACCAGGAUAGUGAUAUAUAUAAAACAGAAAGCGUUGCUUUCGAUACCUUAAAAAUGAACACCGAAAAAUCACAGGGAGACCAUAAAUCCACAAACACUGCUUCACGAGUUGAAAAUAACACACUUUUAGAAAAAAUCACAGAAAUUAGUUCAACGUUAAGUUAUUCCAAAUCUGAUGCAAAAGUUAGUAAUUCAACUGCUAAAAGCUUACAAACAAAGUCAGUGGUUGUCGUUGAUACUACAGCACAAUAUAAUGAAAGCACACAAACACAUUACGAACUUAGUACUACGACACAAUAUUAUUUCGAUGAAAAAACAUCUAAACCGACUACGAUAAUAGAUAAUGGGAAUGCAACUAUACAUGAUCUCGAUAGCAGUAGUACAGUAUCUGAUAAACUAACUGCUACAAUAAAGGUUGAUCCUAGUAUUACCGAAACUACAACAAUUGAUAGUGCUAAUGAAACAACAAAUAAUAUACUCAGCAUUCAAAUAAGCGAUGUUAAUGCAGACACACGUAAAGAUUAUCAUACUUCUACAACAGAGUCGAAUAAUCUAGAAUCCGAUUUGCAUAGAAAAGAGAACAGUGAAAAACAGACACAUUAUGUACCGGUAUAUAAUUAUGACCCUGAAAAUGCCUAUUAUAACGCAAACAACAAACAAUCUAACGGUAAUGUUGAAGAAGAGUCGAUUAUUAAAAUUAAAGAAACACGUUCAAAAUCCACCAACUUUGAUGUUUAUACCGAUGAAAACAAAAAGAGUUUAAGAGUUAAGGAUGUUAAAGAAAGGAUGAUAUCUAAUAAUAAAAUCAUACAAACUUCUGAUUUGUACGACAUAAUAUUAAGCGAUGUAUCUGAAGAAUCUCCAGAAGACAGCGUUUUUAUUGAAAAACCUUUAAAACAUACUUUGAAGAAGAUACGGACAAAGCUAUACAAAAACAAAAUAAAUGAGAAAUCAAAAGACGGUGUCAAUAAUAAUGAUAUUAUCACAAUAACAGCGGAAAAUAAAGAUGAAGUUGAUAACAGUAGUAAUACAGAUAACAAUGAAAAAAAAAGUAUUGCAGAGCUAUUUACAAACUUUGGUGCUCUUUUGCAAAACAUGGUUGAUAGAGCUAACGAUAAUGAGACACCAUCUUCUGAAGGUAAAAAAGAUUCUGAUAACAAUGGAAAUGAUUCAGAUAAGACAAGUUACAAAGAUAUUGCUAAUUCUUUAGAAAAUCACAAUAAAGUGCUUAAUACUAAAGGUAUCCAACAAAUAGUAACAGUCAUUAAAUAUAUCCAAGAUAAACUUGGAGAAAAAAGCAAGAAUAAACGUAAUAAGAAACAACAUCAAUCUCGGUUCCAUGUUAAAAAUAGGGAUGAAAAGUAUAAACAGAAACAAGAAAGAAUAUAUGCUUCUUUUGUCCAAAAUGAUAUAAAUUAUCCAAACUUUGAGUCCCAAGAUCAAAAGAUUGGUAAAUCAGCCUCUAAAAUAAAAGAUGAUUACUUAGAGAUACAUAUUAACAUUUUGAAAAAUUUAAUCGAUAGAAACGAUUUGGGCUUAGAAAAGUAUGACUGGUUAGGAACAACUGUUUUUAUUCGAGCUGGUUUAGAAAAAAUACAAGAAAUAACAGAAAAAAGGCUACAAGGUAAAAAACUACAUCAUUUAGACCAAAAACUUCUAGAAUUUGUGAUGGAACUUUAUAAAUCAGCGAAAGAAAUAGUCGAAUCACAAGCUAAUGAGCAGCAAUUGUCAUUAACGCAAAGAAAAAAAGUCUCUUCAAAAAUAUCUAAACCCAAAAAGGGGAAGAAACUCAACAGGUUUCACAGAAGGCUGUUGUAUAGUGAAUCGAUUGGUGGUGUGAAUAAAGUCAGAACAGUGGCGAGUUCGAAAAGUGAUGUUGAGGAUUUUAAGGAGUCCUUAGAUUGUCUGGAGAUGUGCUUAAAUGACCUGCACACCGCAAUAAAACAAAUAUCAUUAAUUACCACAUACAAGAAGCAGCAUUGGUUUAAAAAUAUAAAGCAACUAUAUCUACAAUCCGCAAAUGAAAAAGAAUACUUAGAACUUUUCUUACAUCUAGUGAUGGCACGAUUAAUGGACCUUAUAGACGCGAGAGCCAAAAAGAUGAAUACAGAAGAUGAUAACUUUUUGAAGAGAGACAAAGUGGCGGUGGACAGGAUAGAAGUGGAGUUUGUACUGGCGAUGAAGAUCUGUAUUAAGAUAGCUGAAUUGAGGGAAUAACAUAAUGAUUUAGCAUUUUGUAAAGAAGAAAUAAAUGAAUUUAUAUUUUGAAAAGUAACCAUGUAUUAUGAAAAGUAGUAUAUUGAAAGUGAAAAGGUUUUCGAUGUUGUCAAAAUAAAACGAAUGACGUAAAUAACA